AUGGCGAAGAUAGCGUCAGCAUCGCUGGCGGAGCUGAAGAGGGUCAUCCGUACGCAAAGUGUUGUGGACAAUCAUGGCCACAAUAUCCUACGGCCCGAGAAGCUGAAGUCUGCCAACUUCCUGACCAUUACCACCGAAGCAGAGGGUGAUGCAUUAGAAGAUGCGCGCAGAUCCUUGCCACAUCUUCGCGCCGCUCGCCAACUGCGGAAGCUCUAUGGUCUGCCGUCUACCGCAGACUGGGCUACUAUCCUUGGGAAGAGGGUAGAGCUGCUCGAGCGAGAUGCUCAUGGCUUGAUGGAGAAAUGCUUUGGAGGCACGCACACUAUCCUCGUAGAUGAUGGCUUAGACAGCGGCGCCAACGUUGAAUCCUACGAAUGGCACAGUCAAUAUACUCUUUCGCCGUGCAAGCGCAUUGUCCGUAUCGAGUCGAUUGCGGCCACUAUACUCUCAUCAAUGGACCAGCAGGGCAACCUACCGGUUGGCGUAGCGACUGCGGAUGAUGAAGCAUGCAGCCUUGCGUGGGUCACAUUCAUUACGCAGUUUGAGCAAGCCAUUGUGGCGUGCAUCGGAGACAGCGAGGUCGUCGGCUUCAAAUCCGUCGUCUGCUACCGCACUGGUCUAGAUGUGCAAGUGGGAGACGCUGUCGAGGUACUUGAAGCUGGUCUACGCUCCUUUACCCGCCAUUACCUGCCAGACUGCGCAGCUCGAAGUUUCCGCGUUGAGGCUAAAGGCAUGAAUGACGCCCUCGUGGUCAGCGUUUGCAGGCUUCUCGAAGCAGACUGCCAGCAGCUUGGUGCAACGAAGCCUCUGCAAUUCCAUACCGGCCUUGGGGACAAUGAUAUCGACUUGCUCGGUUCGAACCCUGCAUUUCUGCAGCCACUGAUCAAACACUUCUCAACCGUACCAAUGGUUCUGCUGCACUCUUCCUAUCCCUACACCCGUGAAGCAGGUUAUCUGGCGACAGUAUACAAAAAUGUGUAUGUUGACAUCGGCGAGGUAUUUCCGAUGGUAUCCCGCGACGGUCAAGAGCAAAUUGUGCGGCAAGCUCUCGAAAUCACACCUGCGAGCAAGAUAUUGUGGAGCACCGAUGGCCACUAUUUUCCCGAAACAUACUGGCUCGCUAACGUACAAGGACGAGAAGUGAUCGAGAAGGUACUUUGUCAGUACGUGGAGCAGGACGAUCUUACGGCGGAGCAAGCGAUUCAUGCCGCCCGGAACAUACUGUUCGAAAACAGCAAUGCACUGUACCGCCUCGGACUGAGCAUCGACGCAUCGGACAGCGCGCCGAGCACUCGGACAGCUUCCACAAUGCCAGCGCCACCUGAUCGAGUCAGCAAUGAGCUUCCGAGGGCAGAGUCGACCGGCCUGCAGGUGAGUAUUGCACCCUCAUCGCUUGCAACGUCGGCCAUGAGCAAUAAUCCCGAGAAGACGUUGCUAUCCAAUGUUAUUCAAUCGACGGUGCUGCUGGCGGAUGACUCCGACGUGCAGUUUAUUGUGGUGCAGUGGCUGGAUUUGCUGAACCAGCUGCGUGCCCGUUGGCUGCCUGUUGGUGCUUUCAAGUCCCUGAUUGCCUCUGAUGGCUCUAUUGGUAUAUCAACUGGCAACCUUGGCACCUUGCAGAACGAUCAUAUGACACCUGUCUGUGAUCCGGUCGGACAGAUCCUGGUGGCCCCAGUACUAGCCAGCAUGAGAUUGAUGUAUGCGAGUGCUGCAGAUCAAGUACCAAAACAGGGUCGGAUUGCGUCGGUGAUGGCGUGCUUCCUUGAUGAGGAUAGGCAACCGCAUAGUCUCUGUCCGCGGAGUCUUCUGCUAAACAUGACCAACAAACUGCGUGUGAACCACCAAGUCGACUUACUGGUCGGUUUCGAGAUCGAAGUUACUUUCUGUCAUCGGCGAGUGUCAUCUGAGAAUAAUGUCGAGACGUUCGAACCUUUCGACACCAAUCACGCUUGGGGCACGGUCAGCGAUGAGCAGAUCACAAAGUCAUUUCCAGUUCUGCUGAAGAUGGUCACGGCUCUGCAGCAGGUGGGCAUCGAAGUUCAACAAUUGCACUCUGAAUCCGGCGUUGGCCAAUACGAGUUUGUUCUUAACCCAAUGCCGCCAGUACAGGCCGUCGACGUACUCAUACAAGCCCGGCAACUGAUACAACAUGCUGCCGCUUCGCAAGGUCUCCGCGCAACAUUCCACCCCAUGCCCUUUCCUGGUGUCGGCUCAGCCUCUCACGCCAACAUUAGCCUCAACAGCAGUGUCCUCUCACCAGCCGACCUAGAGCAGCUACAGAUGUCGUUCAUGGCAUCUGUGUUGGCCCACCUCCCCGCGCUCUGUGCUUUCUCCAUGCCGCAAGCCGAGAGCUAUGAUAGGGUUGUCGAUGAUAGCUGGACCGGCGGAACAUGGAUCGCAUGGGGCACCCAGAACAGGGAGGUCCCUCUGCGGAGAGUUGGUGCUGACAAGGCAGGUAAGGGUUCGCGGUGGGAGUUGAGGUGUGUCGACGGUGUGGCGAACAUGUACCUGGCACUUGGUUGCAUUCUUGGUGCCGGCUUGGCAGGUAUCGAGAACCAGACCCGGAUGAAUCUGCAGGACUGCAGAAGAAAUCCGACCAAGCUAUCGGACGACGAGAAGCGGGCUUUAGGUAUCACACAGCGCAUACCGAAUACGCUAACGCAAGCCCUUCAAGCGCUAGAGGACGACGAAGCGCUUGCCGCCAAACUGAGUUCAAGUCUCGUGCAACAUUAUCUGGCCGUCAAGCGAACUGAGCAAGAUACGUUGAAACAGAUGUCGGAUGCCGAGAGGAGGGUGUGGCUGAUGAACCGUUAUUGA